GGCUUUUUUUCCCUUUAGCUUGCUUUAUUUUAUAUAUAUCAGCGUUUUAUAUACGUUUAACGUUUCUAUGAAAUAAUUUACGCUUUGACCUUUAUUGAACUAGCAAGAACAAUUUCAAAAAUUGCAGAAUAACAAAUAUAUUCCUUUUUUUCUGUUUCCUAUUUAUCUCGAAAAAGUUCUGCGAAUUUAUUUUCAAAAUGGUAAAAUGGAAAAGAGAAAAAGUUCAAGAUCAUAAAUUUGAUUUUGUUGAUGUGGAGCAAUUUGAAAAAAAAGGUUUUGCUAAUAAAAUAAAAUAUUCAUACGUAUUUCUUAUAGUAUUAAAGUCUGUUCUUGUAUAUCUUGCUGAUUUAUAUAAUGCUGGAGGGUUAAUAUUAAGUGACUUGGGUGAUAAAUGGGGAGGAAUUACUCCAAAAAUUCCUUUUAGUAUAUCAAGAUGGGUCUUUCUGGGGUCUGUGGUUGUUUCGUUCAUAUUAUUGUUCAUUGAAGUUAGAAAAGCAAAAAAAAUUAUAGCUUCGGGUGACAUUUCUUAUGCUUUUACGAGUACGGUAGCUACUCGUUAUUAUACGUUAACGAGUUAUGCUCAUUGGUGUUUCUUUCAAGAAAUAAUAAAUCAACAAAGAACACAAGAUAGAAUUGCUUUCUUUGUCUUUUUCGCUUUCAAAGGAUGGAAACGUUUAAUAUUUUGUGAUGGGCCACGUCAAGUAAUUAAUGCUUUCAUUUUGUUCGCAAUUUAUCAACAAAAAGGUGUACAUACAAAUUUAAAGAUAUAUGGUGGAUUAUAUAGACAAGCUUCAAUUGCUGUUAUACUUUUCACUGUCACGGUGUUUGUUGUGUCCCUUUUAUUAUUGCUUUUUGCGUUUCUUCUGUAUCUUCCUCUUUUAUGUAAAAUUCGAGGAAAUUUAAAAGAAUACUGUUGCCAUAUUAUAGAUAAGAGAAUUGCUGAACUUCUCUUAAAACAAAGGAAAAAUCGUAAAAAAGAUGGAAAAGCUUUAAAAGCUCCAAAACAUCUUGCUGGAGUAGCUCCAACGUUACCAAGCAUUGAUGAUGAUAAAGAAUCAUAUAACCAAAUGUCACCCCAAAUGCGUCCGCCGGUUGCAUACGGAAUGCCACCACCAACAGACCCAUAUAUAAUGGGAAAGCCUAAUAUUCCUCAAAAUUAUUCUCCACCUCCUCAAAUAAUGUAUAACCAUCAACAUAGUAAUAGCGCAGGAUCUUUGGAAGGUAGAAUUGGAUUUAAUAAUCCAUAUAUUGGUGGAGGUAAUGAUUCAUCACAAGGAGUUGCCCCAAUAUAUAACGCAAAUGGUCAAUUUAUUGGUACAGAUAAAUAUCCCGAAAGGCCUGAUAGUAAUAAUUCAAAUUCCGCAUAUUCUGAUACAUCGACUAAGUAUUCAGCUGGACAGGGAAGAACCCCAUAUCCAUAUCCACCUCAACAUCAAUAUCCUUACCAACAAAUGCCGAAGGGCGGGUUUAAUGAUAAUGUAGAUCCAUAUGGUCAAAAAAUUCCCUAUAAUCCUCCUAAUCAAUAUCAUGAACAAAAUUAUUAUGAUGCCAAUGAUUAUAAUGAUUAUGAUUAUAAUAAUUAUUCACCAUCUCAAAAAUCACCUCAAAAUACACAAUUUUUUCCAACAGAGAGCGCUAGACAACAAAUUACAAAUGCAAUUCCACCAUCACAGAGAAAUAAUGUAAGGUAUCAACAAAAUCGACCUUAUAAUAAUUAUCAAUCACAGGGCAAUCCAAGAUAUUGAUUUAAUUUAAAAAGAAAAAAUAUUAUAAUUUAAUUUGUGUAUUUAGUAUGUAAAAAAGAAUAGAUGAUUAAUUAUAUUUGAAAAUAUAAAAAAAGAAUGUGGGUAACCUUUCUGUAUCAUAAUAUCGUAACAUCGGGGGGUAUUUUUUUUUUUUU